GAACCGGAAGCACGUGUCUCAUACGUCACAGUUGGAAAACAAAAACAAUCUUCGUCUUGCAACAUCUCUGUUGUUGUUGUUGUUGUUGUUGUUGUGGUGUUUCACGUUGUUUGUUCGACGUGUUUGCUGCUUUAGAAAAACCUCCACAUCGUCUCGACUUCAUGGUUGUCCUCCGGGUGAAGCUGUAGUUGACCGGUCUGUCUCAGGUUGUCCUCCGGUUCCGGGUGAAGCUGUAGUUGACCGGUAACGUCGCGGUAACGGUCGUUUUACCCGCCAUGGCUCAGAGAGGAGUCAACAGUCUGCAGUUCAACCAGGAGCAGAACCAUGAGCAGGUGGGCAGUGUGGCUCAGUGUUCGAUGCUGCAUCGCUCCAACCUGCUGGCUGUGGUUGGAGGAGGAGUCAACCCCAAGUUCUCCGAAAUAUCUGUGCUGAUCUGGGACGACGCUCGAGAGUCUCGAGACCCCAAAGACAAGCUGGUUCUGGAGUUCACCUUCACCAAACCGGUUCUCGCCGUUCGCAUGAGGCGCGACAAGAUCAUCAUCGUGUUGAAGAACAGGAUCUACGUCUACAGUUUCCCCGAUAAUCCCGUCAAACUGUUUGAGUUUGACACCAGAGACAACCCCAAAGGUCUGUGUGAUUUGUGUCCCAGUCUGGAGAAACAGCUGCUGGUGUUUCCAGGUCAUAAAUGUGGCAGCCUGCAGCUGGUUGACUUGUCCAACACCAAACCCGGAACGUCGUCUGCCCCGUUCACCAUCAACGCCCACCAGAGUGAGAUCGCCUGCGUGGCGCUGAACCAGCCCGGCAGCGUGGCGGCUUCAGCCUCCCGCAAAGGAACGCUCAUCCGCCUGUUCGACACCACGACCAGAGACAAGCUGGUGGAGCUGCGCAGAGGAACCGACCCGGCCACCCUCUACUGCAUCAACUUCAGCCACGACUCGUCCUUCCUGUGCGCCUCCAGCGACAAAGGCACCGUUCACAUUUUCGCACUCAAAGACACCAAACUCAACCGCCGCUCUGCACUGGCUCGUGUUGGGAAGGUGGGUCCUGUGAUCGGUCAGUACGUGGACAGCCAGUGGUCGCUGGCCAGCUUCACCGUGCCGGCAGAGUGCGCCUGUAUCUGCGCCUUCGGAAAGAACACGUCCAAGAACGUCAACUCCGUCAUCGCCAUAUGUGUGGACGGGACCUUCCAUAAGUACGUGUUCACCCCCGACGGAAACUGCAACCGGGAAGCCUUCGACGUCUAUCUGGACAUAUGUGAUGAUGAUGACUUCUGAGGCCGGCUGAAGGUCAUUAGCUGGAAGGAGAGAGCGGCGAGGACGAGGAGGAAACACGAGGAUGACGAAUGAAAAUGACUGCGGUUAAUGAUCAUUGUUGUGUUCUGGAGACAGAGAAUCAGAGACGUGUGGAGGAACAGACUUUAUGCUGAGGCCUGUUUUAUAAAGUCCUCUGUGUUUGUAAUCAGUUCCUGUAUGUAGCAGCGUGAAUAUAAGUCUGAUGGCUGAUGUGUAAGGAACACUUAUAAAUGCACUUAAACCUGGGGAGCAAAGUGGUUUGCUGUAUUUAUGAGAGCUUACCAGUUUAAGUCAAACUAAAAUUAAAUUUGUAUUUGUUAAGAAAUCAGAA